AUCUCUAUAAUUCCAAUUCCACGCCAAGGGGCUCCGUCCUUGUCGCCGACGAAGCGGGAGGCAGCAGCGCUGGGGCUCGUGGAAUCUCAACGACGGGGAAGAAGCCGGAAGGCAGGCGUGCCUGCUAGUCGGAGCGUAGAUACGGCGAGGAAUUCAAAGGCCGAGGGAGGAUCGGCAGCGAUCUUCCGGUGGUUCCUACUGUGUUGCUAAACUGUCAAUCAGAUAGUUGAUCAUGGAGAAUGGUGAAAUUGAGAGUGCAGAUGAGGAAAUUACUUCACGUAGUGGACGGCAGUACAGACCGGUGGUUUCCCAUGAUCCACCUGUUGUCCAAAUGACUUCCAUGGAUUCUGGUCCUCUUACAGAGAUACAACUAAAGAAUAUUAGGAUGUCAUCACAAUCAGAGAAUGGUCCUAAUGCAACGGAGGGACCUUCCCAUGGUCAUGAUGGAUCCAACAACUCCCAGAGGGAAUCAAAGUUGGAACUAUUUGGUUUUGAUUCUCUUGUGAACAAAUUGGGACUCAAAAGUAUGACAGGGGAACAAAUUCCAACACCGUCAAGUCCCAGAGAUGGUGAGGAUGUAUCCAUUACUCUUGGGGGCCCAAAGGUUGCUGGCCCCAAGUUGGGGACUAUGAUGGGUGUGUUUAUACCUUGUUUGCAGAACAUCUUGGGAAUCAUAUACUAUAUCCGUUUUUCCUGGAUUGUGGGUAUGGCUGGCAUUGGUGAGGCAUUUUUACUGGUUGCAUUCUGCGGAUGUUGCACUUUUUUAACGGGUAUAUCAUUAAGUGCAAUUGCAACAAAUGGGGCAAUGAAGGGUGGUGGCCCAUAUUAUCUAAUCGGUCGGGCUCUGGGUCCAGAAGUUGGAGUGAGUAUUGGAUUAUGCUUCUUCCUUGGUAACGCAGUUGCUGGUGCUAUGUAUGUUUUGGGAGCUGUGGAGACCUUCUUGGGUGCUGUGCCAGGUGCUGGAUUCUUUAGAGAGUCUGUGACAGUCGUCAGCAAUACCACAGCAGCUAAUGGCACAAUAUCUGAGGUAGUAACAACUGUAUCUACUCCAAGCUUGCAUGACCUGCAAGUUUAUGGAGUUAUUGUGGUUAUACUUCUCUGCUUCAUCGUAUUUGGUGGUGUCAAGAUUAUAAAUAGGGUAGCACCGGCUUUCUUGAUUCCUGUCCUUUUUUCACUUUUCUGCAUAUUUGUUGGAACCUUCACAGCUCCAAGGAGUAAUGCUUCAAGUGGCAUAACAGGGUUAAGAUCACAAACAUUGAAAGACAAUUGGAGUUCUGCUUAUCAACGUACUACAAAUGCUGGAAUACCUGAACCAGAUGGACCUGUCUAUUGGAGCUUCAAUGCAUUGGUAGGCCUAUUUUUUCCAGCUGUAACAGGAAUUAUGGCUGGCUCAAAUCGAUCUGCAUCGUUGAAGGAUACACAGCGUUCUAUACCAGUUGGAACAUUGGCUGCAACACUUACCACCUCCUUUUUAUAUUUGAUAUCAGUAUUACUCUUUGGAUCAUUGGCCACUAGAGAAGAGCUACUGACAAACCGGCUUCUGACUGCAGAGAUUGCUUGGCCCCUUCCAGCAAUUAUAUAUGUUGGGAUUGUUCUCUCCACUUUAGGUGCAGCGCUUCAGAGUUUGACAGGUGCCCCACGCCUGCUUGCAGCAAUAGCAAAUGAUGACAUUCUCCCUGUUCUUAAUUAUUUCAAGGUCACAGAAGGGGGAGAACCUCAUUUGGCAACGCUCUUUACAGCCUUUAUUUGUAUUUGCUGUGUUGUGAUUGGGAACCUGGAUCUGAUCACACCUACUAUAACUAUGUUCUUCCUUCUAUGUUAUGCGGGAGUUAAUUUGUCUUGCUUCCUUCUUGACCUGCUUGAUGCUCCUAGCUGGCGCCCUAGAUGGAAGUUUCAUCACUGGAGCCUCUCACUUCUUGGAGCAUUGAUGUGCAUUGUGAUCAUGUUCCUUAUCUCCUGGUCAUUCACUGUGGUGUCUCUGGCCCUUGCUAGCCUCAUUUAUUAUUAUGUGAGCAUAAAAGGGAAAGCUGGAGAUUGGGGAGAUGGAUUCAAGAGUGCCUAUUUUCAACUGGCCCUUCGCAGUCUUCGAUCACUGGGAGCAAACCAGGUACACCCUAAAAACUGGUACCCUAUUCCCCUCAUCUUCUGUCGGCCAUGGGGAAAGCUGCCAGAAAAUGUUCCAUGUCAUCCAAAGCUUGCAGAUUUUGCUAAUUGCAUGAAGAAGAAAGGUCGCGGGAUGUCGAUCUUUGUCUCGAUUAUCGAUGGUGACUAUCAUGAAUUAGCUGAGGAUGCAAAGACAGCUUGUCGUCAGAUGAGCACUUACAUAGACUACAAGCGCUGUGAAGGAGUAGCUGAGAUCAUAGUUGCUCCCACAAUGUCUGAUGGGUUUCGUGGUAUUGUCCAGACAAUGGGGCUAGGCAACCUUAAGCCCAAUAUUGUGGUUAUGCGAUAUCCUGAGAUUUGGCGUCGUGAAAACCUCACCCAGAUUCCAUCCACCUUUGUCAGCAUUAUCAAUGAUUGCAUUAUUGCCAACAAGGCAGUCGUGAUUGUCAAGGGCCUUGAUGAAUGGCCCGGCGAAUAUCAGAGACAAUACGGAACAAUUGACCUAUACUGGAUUGUGAGAGAUGGGGGCCUUAUGCUUCUCCUAUCUCAGCUCCUUCUAACAAAAGAGAGUUUUGAGAGCUGCAAGAUUCAGGUGUUCUGCAUUGCCGAAGAGGACACAGAGGCUGAAGAGCUGAAGGCUGAUGUUAAGAAGUUCCUUUAUGACCUCCGCAUGCAGGCUGAGGUGAUUGUUAUAACAAUGAAGUCAUGGGAGGCACAUGUUGAUGCGGGGGACCAGCAGGAUGAAUCGGCGGAGGCAUUCACGGGUGCACAACGUCGAAUUGCUUCCUACCUAGCUGAGAUGAAGGAGACUGCUAGGAAUGAAGGGAAACCACUAAUGGCCGAUGGGAAGCCAGUGGUGGUGAAUGAGCAGCAGGUUGACAAGUUCCUUUACACGACCCUGAAGUUGAACUCGACCAUUCUGAGAUACUCACGGAUGUCUGCGGUCGUGCUUGUCAGCCUCCCACCACCACCUCUAAACCACCCAGCGUACUUUUACAUGGAGUAUAUGGAUCUCUUAGUUGAAAAUGUGCCGAGGAUGUUGAUAGUUAGGGGGUAUAGGAGAGAUGUUGUCACUUUGUUCACGUAAUUGUAUACGUACCGACUUUUCUGGUCACACGACCUUGUUGUAAUUGACUUAUGCCUGUGGGUUGGUUUUGUUUACUCAUCUGAUAUUUAUUCUUUAUAGUCAUUUUUUUACCUGUU